AUGGAUAGUGAACCAACUCCACAAGUGCCGUCUGUUAACAUUAAAUUGAUUAAAUCAGUUGAUUAUAAUUCAACACUCAAUUGUCUUAUUGGAAUAAACAAUCAAAAUGAACUCUUUGUGUGUAAUGCUGAUAAUUUGUCAACGGUCUACUUUCUAGCACAAUCGGAUGAAGUAAUUGAAAUAAUGUCAUCGAAUGAUAAAUGCUUAUUCGUAACACCAACACAACUCUAUGUUCGACAAUUGUAUCAAGGAUUAUAUCUACUGAAUACAAUAAAAUCAGUCACCGGCAAUAAUGCUCGAAUUGAAUUAACAUUAUCUGACGCACAACUGUUACUACAGAUUCUUAGUAGCAUUGAUUUAUCCAGCGUUCCUCAUGUAACAACAUUUUACGACUAUUUGAAACAAGAAAUCGAAUCUAGUUCAACAACUAUCUCCACUCAACAAUGGCAAACAAUCGCAUUUAGCUACGAUUGUUUAUUAUUAAUUAAAAUAUGUUCAGAUAUAAUUCGAUUAGUAAAACAAUUGAACAAACAACCUUUACCUGGCAUUGUUGUAGUUGGUUUACUCUAUGAUUAUUUAACACGUUGUCAACAACAACAACAAAUACAAGAAAAUAAUUCUAAUGAUGAUGUUGAUUCAACAACUAAAGAAAAUAUAAAUAUUAAUGAUUCAUCACUAUUUAAACAUCUAACAAAACCUGGUGAGAUCACAACAUCAAAAGAUACUCAAAAAUCUAUGCUAAGUGAAGCAGCACGUUUAAGCACAUUUUCACUUUGGCCACAUUCAUCGUGUCGUUGGUUAUCACCGGAAGCUAUGGCAACUGCUGGCUUUUUUUAUUCGGCAUUAAAAGAUAAUGAUGAUCGUGCACUAUGUUUUGCGUGUACAGUAUGCUUAGUAUGUUGGGAGCCGUCAGAUAUGCCAACAUCUGAACACGAACGACAUUCACCUAAUUGCCCAUUUGUGAAAGGAGAAUUUACGGAAAAUGUACCAAUUCGAACAACGUGUGCUACACAACCGGGAAAAUACAUCUAUGAUACAGAAACAAAAUGGCUAAUUAAAUCCAAUGAAUUAAUUUCUAAUCGAUAUCUUUUAUUUAUGGAUGGACAAUGGUUAAUUCGUUUGUGUGAUAUUAGCAGUGUGCUCAAUAUUUAUACAUUAUUUUCAUUUAAACCAGUUAUAGAUCAAUUGAGUGAAGCUGCUAUGAAAUCUGAUCAAAAAAUCAGUUCGUCUGAUACAAUAUCUAUAAAUUCCAUUGAUCCAUUAAUCACGAAAUAUCACAUGCCGCUCAUCCCAUUGGCACUGACAAUGUUCGAUAAACAAUCGCAUUCGCCUAAUGAUUAUCUUGUUUUUUGUCUUUCACACGUUUCAAAUACAAAUAUUUGUUGUCUAACUGGUGUUACGAUAAAACAUCUAAUUCCAAUAAUACACUCUUCUCAAACAACAAUGCCAAGUGAUCAGCAGCAACAAUCACCAUUUCCAUAUUCGUACACACUAGACGAUUUUCCGAAACCAACAUCAUUCUAUGAAAAACCGUCGUUUAUUGAAGAAGACGAAGCAUUCGAACAACCACCAGGUGGAGCAUUCGUUGUGGGAGGAAAAGAUGAUGAUGAUCCAUAUUCUAAAUAUCUCGAAUUUUCUAUUUCACAUUUUAUAGAUUUACAAAACAAGAAAAAAAAGAAGAAGCCUACAACUCCAUCAUCAUCACCUUCACAGCAGUCACAACAGCCACAACAAAUCAAAAAUAUAAUGGAAGUUUUAGAGAAGACAAAAUCGAAUCAAUUAGAAAUGAUAACUGAUCAAAACGACGAAAAACCUAAACCAGAUCUAUCAUCAACAGCAAAUGAUGUUAAUUUAACAUCAAUUGAUGAGGAUGAGAAUAAACUGAAAAAUAAUUCAAUAAAAAUCGAAUGUAUGAUUGAAAUUUCAAAUUUAAAACAACAACCAAAACAAGGGUACAUUUAUCAGUUAACUAAUCGUAAAUUACUGAUAUUUAUUAGUACUGAUAAUUAUGUAUAUUCAUUUAUUUUAAAAAUUUCAUCUGAUUUAAAUUCAAUAAAAAUAAUUUCAACAGACUAUGUUUGUCAAAAUGAAUCGAUAAUUAAUUCGGUUUGCCCGUUGUUUCUCGAAGAAGAUCAAGAUAAUGAACUUACUGAAGAAGAUACUACUGAUGAAGAAGUAGAAGAAGAAGAAGAAACAACAACAGAAAUGUUAGACGAUGUGGAUGAAUUAGAUAUCGAUUGUGGUGGUCGUGUUGAAAUGAGAAUGAAUACUGAACAAACAGCAAAACAAGGACGAAAAUGUUAUUUAUUUUCGAUGAAAUCAGGACAUUUAGUUUUAUAUGAUGCGUAUAAAUCAAUGAGAAAAACAUCUGAAUUAAAUUUAACAACCGAUAGUAAUAACAUCUCGAAAGAACAACCGAAUACAGUUGGAUAUGUUUCAGUGUCGUUACCAUAUCAAAUAGAAAGAUGUGUACAUAUUCGUGGAUCGGAGACAAUUUACGUGUGGAGUCAUGAAAAUGUUUACAAACACAAUCUUCGUGAUUUAUUUCCAUCGUAUUUUCUCAAACAUGACGAUAAAACAAGUACACCGUUAUUGCCAUUGUUAAAUCCAAUGGAUGAACAACGAUUAUUAGCAGCCGUUAGUGAUGAUUCACCACAACUAUCAACGACAAUGUCAAAGAAUUCUGUUUAUUCGCUAGUUGCAUUACGUCAACUAUUUUCACUUACCGAAUAUGAACAAGAUUCGACCUUUUUUUUUGCUCAACAUAAUCAAUAUUGGAUUGACAUUGUCUCAGAGCAACAACAAGUUAAUAAACAUCAUGUAAUGAAUGAACAACAACAACCAUCGAAUCAACGUCUGUCUUCUUCUACACGCACAUGGCGUUUACAAAAUUGUUCAAAAGAACCGAAUACAACAACUACAACACCACCAUACACGCAUAUAUUCGAUAUUCAAACCACUAUGCCAUCUAUUCUCGGUUGUAUUGAAUUUCGUUAUACGUUAAAUCGUACAUACCAUUAUCAAGGCCAAUUAAAUGUCACACUUGUACACGUUAAAGAAAGUAAUGAUGUUGAUCAUCAAAUACAAAUUCCACAAUUAUCAACAGCAACAUCAUCAUUAUCAUCGAAUAACUAUGAUAUAUUAGCUGGUCCCUAUGAUUUAUAUGAAUAUUUUGAAUCAUCAACAAAUGAUAAUGGUCUAAUUUAUUUAACAUCUUAUGAAAUGUUAAAAUAUAAAUCAAAACGAUAUCGUUUAAUUAUUGAAGCUAAGCCAACAUCAUCAUCUAAUCAACAGCAACCUCAACCAUUUCCAAUUGAUGUUGUUUCAUUAACAUUAAGACGUUAUAAAAAAAAAUGUUUAAUUCCACGAGUUCAACUAUUUGAGAGAAGUACGAUUGAUUGUUUAGUAAAUACAUGUCUAAAUACAAAGUCAAAUGAUAAAUUGAUGUUAACAUUAGAUAUAUUGAAUUUUAUUCUCUAUGCAUUAAGUAAACAAGAACGUUUUCAUCGAAUACAACAAUUAUUUAUCAGUCAGUUAGACACAUUUUUUAAGAAAACCUAUGUAAAUGGUACACGAACAAUUGCACGUAAAACAUCGACAUUAAUUUAUCUAUUAUCAACAACAGCUAAGAAUGAGCAAACAUUAGCAUUUGUUAAACAAUUUCUAAAUCAAUUUCAAGGUAAUAUUUUACAUUUUAAAUCAUCAGCAUCAUUAAAAUGGUUUUUUGUGGUAAUUGGACAAUGGCUUCUAACCUAUCCUGAAUUAAUUGCCAGUAAAAUUUUAAUAACAUUAUUAGAUUUAUCGAAAUAUACUUGUGAACAUAAAAAUUAUUAUACACAAAUAUUAAAAUCAAGAUUUGGUUUGUUUCAAGAUCCAUUUGAAGUAGAUUUAUUUGAUUUUGAUCUUUCAACAUUUUUAGAAUGUUGUUUAAAAAAUCGUGAAUCUUCAUCAAAUGGACAAAUAUUUGCUCCACAACCAUUACCACCACCACAACAACAACCAAGUACAGUAUUAUCAACUGGAUCUAUUGGAGUUGUGCCUAAUGGUACUUCACCUGCCGUUGCUGCUUCUGCUACUUCAGAUACAUUAUUGUCAUCAUCAAAUAUACAAUAUUAUUUGUCAAAACUCAUGCCGUUACCACUACUAUCCUCAAAUGUUUAUCUUAAACCAAUGCCAGGUCUUUUAGAAGUAUUACCAUUGAAUUAUGUAUUUCAUUCAUCCAGUGAUGGUACACGAUUAGAAAAAGUUGAUAUAACAAAUUUAUCAGCAUUGCGUGGGUUUGAUUCAGCUGUUACAACGAUCACUGGUACACAUACUCAAGUGAAUAAUCCAUUUACAUUUUCAGGCAAUAUGAAUAAUUAUUAUGAUUCUAUUUACAUGUUACCAUCACAUUCAGCAACUGGCAUGCCACCUCCUCCACCACCUGUUACACACACUUAUUUGCCACAGGAUGCUAGUGCUGGUUUGAGUAGUUUUGGUAAAUUAAACAAACAACAACAAGAAAAAUAUUCAAAAUUAAAAUAUAUAACAAAAAAAACUAAAAAUAGUGCCACAUUAUCGUCAACAUCAUCUGCUACAAUGAAAAAAAGUUCGACAUCAUUAUCUGAUUUGUUUACAUCAACGAAUUCCUCUAAAAAUCCUUUGUCAUCAACGUUAGUCUCAAAAAAGACAAAUCAAUUAUCAAAAAAACAUGAUAUUAAAAAACGAAAAGUGACAACAACGACGAGCGAUAUACUAAAUUAUAUGACAAAUGCCAUGGCUAAAGGACAAUUUCCUGCGUUAUAUCAAGUGGCUGUCGAUCGCCUUCAUUCGGGUGGACGAAGUCAUUUUGUAUUGGAUUUUGGACAACAAGUUACAUUUACUGAUAUUCUUAUUCCAUCUUGUUACGAGGUUGGUUCAUUGAGUCUUGAUUUUUGGUCUAUAUCAGAACGAACUGAUUGUCAACGUUUAUUUUCAACAAAUCAAAUUUCACUCAAUCCAUUUUAUUUAAAUGAUAUUCAACCACCUGUUAUUGGACGUUAUAUAAAAAUAACAUUAAUUGGAAAAUAUAAUAUGUCAUCAUCAUCAUUACGUUUACCAUGUGGAUAUUUUUUUGGUUAUCCAUUUGUAACAACAAAAACUAAACAUCGACAACAAUUAGAAAAUGAUGAAAAUCAUAAUAAAAAACAAUUAUCAAUAAUUUCUGGACAUUAUGAAGCAAUUGUUGCCAAUUAUUCAUUACAUCGAACACGCCUAAUUGAAUUGUUAAAUAAUUUACCAAUAAUGGAUAAUGAAAAUAUUACAAAUACAAUUGAAAAAGUUUAUCGAGAUUGUUUAUAUUAUCAAAUGCAAAUGAAUAUGGCACGUAAAAAUAUUCAAAAAUGUCGACAAUUAUUAAAACAAAAUGUCAAUGAUGAUGAAUAUAUUGAACAACCCGAGAAAAAAAAUAUAUCAUCAGAUUAUAUUCGAGUUUUAGUUGAUCUUAUAACAAAUGCACUUGCAUCAUUAUCAGCUGUUUUACAACAAAAUCAAAAUAGUAAACUCUUAUUAACAUCCAAUAGUACUCAAAGUCUUUAUAAUUUAACGUUGAAUAAUGCAUUGGAACUAUUUGAUGAAUAUGGUAUCAAUCAUUUAUAUUUAAACGAUAUGCCAAAACGUUUAUUAAAAACAUUUUCAUAUUAUUCAUGGUGGCCAGAAUUUGUUCGUAUAUGUUUAAAAACUUAUUUUGUUAAUGAUUUUACAAAUAUUCAUUUUUCUUAUUAUAAAAAGAAUUUAUUUUGUUCAUUAAUUGAUUUAUGUGAACAAACAUUGUUACCAAUGUUAUCACUCUCAUCUACUUCUAAUAUGAGUGCUGUUCAAGAUCUUUUAUUAUUUACACAAUAUCGUUGUUUAUCAACAGCUUAUUUAAAUUCACUUCUUGAAUUAAUUAGUAUAUCAACUGAUAAACAAUCAUCUUCUUUAGAAUGGUUAUUAUCAUUUUUAAAUCGUUUAUCGGAUAAACAAUUGAUUCCUGUUCAAUUAAAUAAGAAUAUGUCAAAUCGUAUAAAAACAGUUCUAUAUCGUUCACAUACGAAUGCUCCCACUGCCAUGGAUACAGAUAAUAAUGAGAAUAAUCUAUUAAUAAAUUUAAAACAGCCAUCACCAUUGAAUAGUGUUUCUUCGACAUCAAAUGUACCAUCACUUGUUUCAAAUUUAGAAAAUUUUCUUAAUACAUCAUCGAUAAUUCAUACACCACGUUCUAAUUCAAGUGGAAAUUAUCGAAAAAAGAGAAAAGAAACGUUAAUUAAAAAAGCAACAAAAACAGCUACUGUUGCACAAACGGCAACAACCGUACCAUCUUCACACACAAAUCUAUCGUUAUUAACAAAUAAUAAAAAUAAUGAACAACCAGCAACCGCCUGGUUUAAUCAAAUUAAUGUAAAUGAUGUAUUUGUUGAAAAAAUGGACGUUGAUAUAGAAAAUUCAUCACCAAAAAAAUCAUUUUUAUCAUGUUUUUAUUGUAAUCGAUCAUUAUGUUUAAAUGUCACACGUUCGUUAGUCAAACUAUUAAUAAAUUCAUUUUAUAAUGAUAAUAAAAAUGAUAAUGUUAGUUCAAUACCACAUGAUUUAUUUUUACUAAUAUGUAAAUGUUUAUCAGCUAUAACUCGUUCAUGUUAUCCAAUGUUGGUACUUGAUGAAUUUUUAACUUAUGAACAAUUAAAAUUAUUACUCGGUUAUUCAUCUGGUAAAAUUGUUAAUAAAGAAAAAAAUAUUUAUAUUCGACAAUCGUCACCGUGGAUACAACAUGCCAUCAAUGGAUUAUUACUCGAUCUUAUUGAUAAUGAAAAUUCUUUAGAUAUUGAUGAGAGAAAAACUGGCAGUCCAAAAAAUACUACUGAUACAUCGUCUAUCAUUGAUAUAUCAACAAAACAACCGCAACAAUUAUUUGAUUUGUUCACACAAAAUUUGCUUUUGAAAAAGCCAGACAAUGAUACAACAAAUUCAGUGGAAUUACCAUCUAUGAUAGAUGAAAAUACUAGUGAUGUCGGAGCAACAGGUGACAUGGAUUUAAUGGAUAGUAAAUCGACUGAAAAUGAUCAAUAUAUUGAUGAUGAAGAAGAAGAUAAUAGUAAUACUGUGAGUGAGAAAACAAAACCAUUUAAAAAGAAAUAUUCUGCAAUUAAAAAAUCAAAAAAAAAAUCGACUAGUAAUACAUCAACAUAUUAUUCUCCACAACAAAUUGUUAUUCAAUUUACUAAUGAUAAUAGUGGAUCAAUGAAUUUACCAGAUGAAGAAUUGUUAUAUUCUGUUAUGAAACAUACUUUAUCUGCGCUACCAAUUUCCUCAACAGCAACAACAUUACAUCAAAAUAUUUUAUGGGAUAAUGAUUUUACGGAGCCACCAUUCAAUGAAGUUACAAUAACAACAGGUCAAAAAUUAUCAUCACAAUCCAUUGUAGAUAUAGUUCCAUUUUCAUUAGACAAUCGUUUAGAUGGUACUUUAUAUUAUGUUCUUGACUUGUAUACAAUGAAUCGAUCGUACAAUACACAAACAGCAUUACAAACAUUUUAUUUAACAAAUAUAUACAAUGUAUUCUGUUAUGAUAUCAAAAUGCCGGAAGUUAUUUCUACCCCAUCAAUCAUACCUAAUUAUCAUCGUCAGAGUGAAUCUACAUGUGAAAUGAUCAAUAAUGUUUUGCAGUCAAUGUUUUAUGAUCAAUUGCCAUCUACCAAAAUACAAACAAUUUCUUCAUCCUAUUCAUUAUUAACAAAUUUAGAUCGUUUAUUGUCAAAUUAUUUAACAUUUUCUUUGUUGAAUUAUUCACGAAACAUUGGCACUGAAAACAAACUUGUGCAAGAUAAUGCUUCGGUCAAUCACUCAUCAUCAUCAUCAUCACCCCCUAUAAAUCAAACAUUAAAACCACUAAUUUAUAUGUCUAUUGAUACAUUAGAAUAUAUAUUAAAUUAUAUUCAUAAACAAAAUGAUUUUUUAACUCCAAAAAUCUGGCAUCAUCUAUUUACGAUAUUGUAUUAUACAAGUACAAAUAAACAAUUGGCACAUCAAAUGAAAAUAAAAUGGUUUAAUGAAACAGCAGAUACGAUUUUUAUUCAUGUUCUAUUUCAAUUUUUUAAAGCACCAUAUGAAAUGUUUGAUGAAAAUACAUUAGAAAUUAUAACAAAUUAUUUUGAACGCUUAUUUAUGUGUGAAGAACAACAAAGUAAAAUUGUAAAUGGAAAACGGACAGCAGAUGAGCCACAUGAUACUUCAACAAUGACACAACCUAUCGUAGAACAAAACAUUCCAUAUGAUCGUUCAUAUUUAAAUUCAUUAAUAACAAUUUUAAAUCGUUUUAUAACUGAUAAUUUUUACAUGAUUAAUGGACCAUUAAAUUGUCAUUUAAAACUUCUAAAUUACUAUUCAAAAAUUGAUUUUAUUAAUGCUAGUAUGUCAAAGAAAACAACUUUAAUUAAAAGUAUAAUUGAUUUUGUUUGGGAAUAUAUACGUUCUUAUUCAACAUUAAAUUUUACAUUAAAUAAUGUUCAUCCACUCAUAUGUUUUCUUAAUUAUGAUAGAAAACAACGUUCAUCGUCAUCCAUUCAAUCUUCAACAGUACCUAGUCAAAGUUCAUCAUCAAAAAUGCCGUACAAAGUUUCAACUACGAUGACAACAACUGAACAAGCAAAUAAUUUACCAACAUCAUUAAAUCCAAAAUCAACAUCAAGACAUAAUGGUUUAAGAGAAAAUUGUGUAAGACAAUUAAUUAUAUUUAUGACAAAAUUAAUAAGAGCACAGCAAGAUAACAUUGAUGAUAUGAUAUCAACAACAGCAACAAUAACAGCAGAACAAACACAACCAGAACAACAACAACAACGAAAACAUUUUAAACGAUAUGAAGCGAAUGAGGCUGGUAAUGAUCAUCAAGAAUCAAAAAUGGAAGAAAAAGAAGUGAAUUCAUUAACGACAACAACAAGUAAACAACAAGAGUCAUUUGUACUUGAAUGUGUCUAUAUUGAAAAAUUAUUAUCUAUUUUGAGUGCAUGUCACUCAGCCAUUGACUCAUCCUCCUCAUUAUCGACAUCCAUAAAAUUUCUGGCAACAACAUUUAUAAUGAACGACAAUCAUAUUAACAAACAAAAUUCAUUUCCUUAUUCAUCUUUUGUUCAUGUUACAAUUCGAUUAAAUUCAAAUGAUUUAUUAUCAAUUGGUGAUUGCGUUUAUUAUUGUUUAACAUCAUAUGUAAAAAAAUCGGACUAUAUUUUACCAAUUGUUUGUAAUUAUUUAUCUACUUAUCCGUUAAUAUCAUCACCAUUAAUACUCUAUAUUAUACUUGUAUUACAAAAUCAUAAAUCUUUAAUAGAUGCAUUAAACAAAUAUCCACUAUUUCAAAUACUAAUUAAUGGUAUUAUUAGUUCAAGUAAAUAUUUUUUUCAAACACGUUCAACAGUAAUACCAACAAUACAACGUACAUAUGAUAUGAGACAAAAUUUACAAUUAAUAUUAGCAAAUAAUAACAUCAAUGCUGCUACGACAAGUGCAUAUUCUAAUUUUCCACCAAAUACCUUUACACAAUAUAUUCCAUCAUUUAGUGGUGCAUCUGUACCUUCCAUAGGAACUAAUUCUAUGAAAUAUUCACAAGUUGUUGCAGAAGGUCAAAAUGCUCUUACAUCAAUUUUAUUAGCACCAUCAACAACGAAUGGACAGCAAGCUCUACCAUCUAGUUAUUUCUUACCAUCAGCAAGUAGUAUUUCAAAACCAUAUAAAUAUGGUGAUUACGGUAAUUAUUCAACCCAACAAUACUCGCUAACUCCACAACAAAUUGAAAAACAACAGUUAACUGCACCCCCUCUUGGCUUAAUCAACAUAGCAGCAGAAGGACAAAUAACAUGUUCAGAUCCAAAUUCAUCACCACCUGAUAUACUCAUAUCAUCAUCAACAAAUCUUACAUCACAAACACAUCGUCGUUUGAGAGCAUCACCAUGGUCAUAUCAUUUUUCAGCAAAUGAAGAACGUUGUACAUUAACACUACAUUUUCCACGUGUUUAUACAAUCAAAAAUAUUGUUAUAUCAACAUUUACACAAAUUGCAAUGAACCAUCACUGGGGAACGGGAGCGGCUGUAGGCUCAGGAGCAGCUGGAACAGUAGCAAAUAAUUUUAUGAUCGAUGGUACAUAUGGAAAUUCAUCGAAUACAACCAUAAAUAAUAGUCAAUCACCGUCAGCUGUUAGUGUCGAAAUAUCGAAAGACGGUUAUUAUUUUGUACCAUGUGGUGUACCAUUGUUUACUUAUGGCCUACAAACUAUUAAUAUUUCGCUGACUCAAGUAGAACUUGUUAAAAAAAUACGUUUAAAUUUAUACAAACCAUAUGAUCAUGAUACAAUUGGUUUACAGCAAAUAUCCUGUUAUGGCUAUUGUGCUUAUGAUCAACAAUCAUUAAUGCAACAAUGCUUAACUUAUCCAACAAUGACAUCAACGGUUUAUGGAUUAUCGCAGCAACCAACGAGUCACAAACAAAAAUCGUCUAAAUCAAGCGUAAUUACUCCAACAUGGUCGUCCUAUGAUACUGAAAGUAAAAUGAUGUAUUCAGCAUUAACGAAAACUAGUCAACAACAGCAACAAAGUCAAUUUGAUAAUAGUUCAAUUCAAUCAAUGUCUACAAGUGAUGAAUUACGUUCAUGUUUGAAUUGGUUAAAAUUAUUUCACGUGUGUAUUUAUCGUCAACAACAUGGAGAAACCAAUGAACAACUUCUUUCAUGUAUAACUGACGAAUUUUUAUAUGUUUGCUGUAGUUUAUUGAAUAAUAAUGUUGAUAUUAAUAAUGAAAUGUUAGUCGAACGAAUAUUAAUUCAUUUGGGAAAUCAUUAUUGUACAAGUGAAAAAUUGUUGUACAUGUACGAUUUAUUAUUUGAUAUAGCUAUGAAAAAAGAAUUUAUAACAACCAAUCGUGUUAUUUACAUUAUAAAUGAGUUAAAAUCGGAUAAUCAAGUGACUUAUUUACUGAAAAAACUAAUUGAUUCGAAUAUUGACGAUAUUCCACCAGAAUUAUUGCAUACAUGUGCUUGUAUACUAUGGAGAUACGAGAAGAAGAGUGAUAGUAAUGAAUUAUUUACAAUAAGUCAAACAUUAAUUGAAAAAUGUUUUAAUCAUCUUAUAUCACCAACGACUUCACUAUCUGUGAGUCAAGCCACUGGAUGGAUAUUAUGUUCAUUUGGUCAACUCUAUCCUAAAAUAUUGAUUGAAAAACUAACUCAUCUUCAACAAUUAUCUAUUUCUGUAGUAUUUGAAUUAUCAAAAUAUUUAUCACAAACUAUUCCAUUCUUAGAAGAAUUUAUACAAACAGAUUUAUUUUCACAAUUAGUUCAACAACUACAUGUUCAUAUUCAGUACAUUAUCGAUAGUAACUAUCGAGAUUUAAAUGAAGAUAUCGUCAAUAAUGGACUUGACUAUUUUAUACAAAUAAGUCGAUAUUCUGUUGUUCAACAAUGGUUUUCUCAAACACCAAAAGCAAUUGAAAUAUGGCAAAAAUUAUUAAAUUUAUUAUCGACAAAUACGACCUAUCUGCCAUUAGAAUUAUUAACAAAAUUAAUAUCUCUAUUGAAUAAUUUAUCGUUACAAUCUUCAACAAAUGCUGAAAAUAUGCAAUUAAUUGCAAAAUAUUUGACAAAAUUAACACACGAUCGUCUUGUUGAACAACGUUCUUUAGUGGGUUAUAUUCAAUAUAUACUUAGUGAAAUCGUUCUAAAUGAUGAAAAAGUUCAAUUGUAUAUAAAUACUUUUGAUUAUCAAAUUGAACAAACUACAACAAUGAAAAGUCAACAAGAUCAUCCGUGUUUUGAUACUGGACAUAAUCAUUUUCUAUUUAAAGAUGUUUCAAUAACAAUGAACGUAGGACAAUUGAUACAAAAAUUAUUUGGUAACAAUUAUUUACAAGCAAAUAUUUGGACGGCAAUGAACUAUUUACAACAACAACAACAACAAUCAAAAUUAAAUAAUACGAAUAAUCAACAACAACAAUCAGAAAAGGAGAAAGAGAGAGAUCAUAGUAGACGUCAACGAUCAGUUAAUAGUAAAUCGUCGUCCACAUCAUUGAAAGUUGUAUCAUUAAAAUCUUUUGCCAGCAAGACAAAAAGUUCAAUGUCUACGUCAUCAUCGAAACGCGUACCGAAACAAACGUCAACAAGUGCCACAAAACAAGAUGAUCAACAAUCAUCAGUAUCAUGGGAAUAUGUACAUUUUAUUCUCUAUGUUGACGAUCAACCACGACAAUUUAUUGUUCCAAAAUCUGUACGUCUUAAUGAAUUAUUAUUAUCAUUUAAUUGUCGUUCAUUAGAUAAAUAUCCUGUGGACGUUAUUCGUUUUGGUUUCCACAAUCAUAUCAUCUCUAGUUGUCUUAUAACAGUAAUUAAUGAAAACAAAGCCAUCUUACAAAUUGAUGAAAAUACACAGAAUGAAAAGGCUAAAGAUGAUCAACAGCAUUUAUUAUCAUCCGAUAAAGAUUAUUCAACAUUAUUAGACAUAUUUAUCUUGCAUGAUGGUUUAAAAAUAUUAGCUCAACAUUUUUCUCGUAAUUAUCCAACAAUUC